CAUAAAAUAAACUUUACAUUUCAUGGCCACCAGAGUUGUUGCGACGUUUGAUCAAUAGUUAUGUCUGAUUCUGAAUUUGAUUUGAACAUGACAACAUCAACAGAGUUGAAUGGAGAAUAUCAACUUCAGUUGAACACACUACCUGUUGAAGUUCUAGUGCAAAUAUUCUCAUAUCUUCGUACCCGGCAAGAUUUGAUAUCAUGUACUCGUGUAUCAAGAUCUUUCUAUGCAGCUGCUGUCAACCCAUCUUUAUGGAAAUCACUUUGUCAUAAAGUAUGGAAAAUAAAAGAUAAUGGCGACGAAAGCUGGAUAUCAAUAUACAAAAAGAUGUUUAUGGAUUUUGGCAGAUAUGAGCGUUGCUACUCAGAAAUCCGCGAAGCAUGGGACCUUAUAGAGAAUUAUUUGAAAGAGAACUGUCCUAAUAUCUUAGCUGGAUUACAAGAAGGAGCUUCAGAAGAUGAGUUGCAAGAUUCUGAAACACAAUUCCUUGAUGGAAAGAGUCUACCAAAUGACUAUCGAUGUUUUCUGCGCAUCCAUAAUGGUGAAAAAUUCAAAAGUUGUGGCAUAUUGGGAGAAACGACAAUUUCAAAUCAUUUUAAGCAAGAAGCAAUACUUGAUAUCAAUAGUUCAGCUAAGGGUUACUCUUCAAUGGUAAGUGGCUUACGUGGCUGUAUACCAAUCACGUUUUGUAGGGAAAAAAACUGUGGACAUUUCAUGGCUGUAACAGAAGAAGCUGGCCAUACACAAGGAAGAGUAUUUUGGCCCUCUUUAGAAAACGAAAAUGCAACUUUUGUUGGCAAUAUGAUGCAUUGUUUUGUCAUUGCAAACAGUUUUACCGAAUGGUUUACAUCUCAUGCUUAUAAUAUGGUAAAAGAGAAAUAUCCAAUUGUAAAUGGUAAAAUACAUCCAUACAAGUUUGCAUCACAACAUACUAGUGAUAAUGGUAUAACAGUCAGGACGGCUACCUGCUUUUUACCAGAGUUGAGCUGUAUCAAUCCACCUCGCUUUUUUUUUACUUACCGAAUCACCAUUUCAAUGGAUGCAAACUGUUCAAAGUCUGCUAGUUGUACACUAGCAACACGUCACUGGUAUAUUACAAAUGCAGGAAGUAAAAAAGAAGAAGUUCAUGGUAAUGCUGUUGUUGGUAAAUAUCCUAUAAUGACACCAUCAGCACGACAUGACUAUGUCAGCUGCACAACCUUCUCAACACCAACUGGAACUAUGGAAGGAUACUACACUUUUAAAUUUAAUUAUAAAAAAGGAACAACAAAUGCAAUUAUUGCUCCUAUACAUUUUGAAGCCCCUUUGUUUGAAUUAGCCUCAGAACGUCUCCGAAGAAAAAAAGAAACAUUUUCUAACUUAUAAAGUUAUCAUAGACAAUAUAUUAUAAUUGUUACAAGCUUAUUUGAGUGCAGACAAGUAUUAUAAUCAUCAUGUUUUUACCAUAAAUAAUGAAGACGUGUAUCUAGCUUAGCACAAAAUAUUUCAUUUAAAACACUGUUAUAUGUUACAAUGUUGGCUAUUUUUCCUAUUCAAGAUGACAAUUACAGUUAAAUACACUUACAAA